UGUGCUGUCUUCUCUUGGCAAGUUUCUAUCAUUUCUCUGCAAUGGGUACAAAGGAACUUGAAGUUUCUUCCCUCUCCUCAACCAGAUGGUGGUCCGAGGAUACUAUUGCUGUUGUCACCGGAGCAAACAAGGGGAUUGGUUUUGCAAUUGUUAAGCAGCUUGCAGAGCUAGGAUUAACUGUGAUCCUGACAUCUAGAGAUGUAUCUAGGGGUCAACAAGCAGUCCACUCACUCAGAGCUCAAGGACUUGAUGUGCUAUUCUGUCAACUGGAUAUAUCAGAUCCUGCUUCAAUCGAUAUCUUCGUUUCAUGGUUGAAAGAAGAGUUUGGAGGACUGGAUAUUCUCGUAAACAAUGCGGCAGUGUCAUUCAAUAGGAUCGGUGAGAACUCAGUGGAGCAUGCUGAAACAGUAAUCAAGACCAACUUCUAUGGGCCAAAGCUGCUGACAGAGGCUCUUCUACCAUUGUUUCGUCGAUCAGCUUCCAUAAGCCGGAUACUGAACGUUAGCUCACGACUGGGUUUAUUAAAUAAGGUAAGAAACCCUCAAGUACGAGAGCUUCUGCAAGAUGAAGAAGGGCUUUCAGAGGAACGCGUGGAGUCCAUGGUGAGACAGUUCCUCAAAGAUGUGAGAAGUGGGACAUGGGAAGACCAAGGCUGGCCUGUAAACUGGACUGACUACUCUGUGUCCAAGCUUGCUUUGAAUGCUUAUUCUAGGCUUCAGGCAAAGCGCCAUGAGGGGAGAGGUAUGAGCGUGAACUGCUUCUGUCCGGGAUUCACUAGGACGUCCAUGACUCGUGGCAAGGGAUAUCGCACGGCCGAGGAGGCCGCCGGAGUUGCCACCAGGCUUGUCCUUCUCCCACCUGAUAAGCUUCCGACCGGGAACUUCUUCAUUGAAAGUAACCCUUCCAUAUAUUCAAAGCUGUAGCUAGCACUACUGUGAGUGAAUGAAUAAUAUUCAUUGUUGGUUUCAAGUGGGGACGACAGGACAGAAGCCAUUAAUUCACAUAUGAGGCAUGUAGCUCCCUUCUCUUUCCAUAUUUUUGGGAAAUGAGGAUGAAGAUAUCACACAUGUAAACGAUUAAUGUUCUCAAUCAGUAUUUUACAGUUUCA